UCCGCCAAGCGUCCGAGCGCAAGAGGCAGCCCCAGAUCGCCUGACACGCAAGGACCGGAGCUGCCUCCGCCGAAGCCUCUCGGCCUUCGCGAAGCUCUCCCCCUUCGACAAGGUGGUCCUUCUCAUGGCGUCGAACGCCUCGAGGUGUCAGCGCAGCGACUUCUGCCGCAAGACCUCCAAGCUCUUCAUGAGCACCGACACGGAUAAAAGCGGUUUCCUCAACCAGGAGGAGGUGCAGCGUGCAUUGGCGGCCUGUGGACUGGAGGCAGACGGGGAGCAAGUUGAAGUACUCUGGCACGCCCUCGACGCAAGCGAAGACGGGCGCGUCACCCACAGCGAGUGGGUCAGUGCCACGAUGGAUGAUAGCACGCUCCGGAGCAAAACCACAGCCAAGGAGCUCUUGGAAUGGCUGGACUUCGAUGGGAGCGGCUCGGUGAGCCUCCAAGAGCUAAAGAGGCUGGUCACCGACAAGGAAGCCUUGGAGGUCCAACUCCAAAGGGGCAACGG